GUUCGAACUGUACUGGCCGUGAUAAAGAUGGCGAUAAUAAAUUAAGACAGAGUUUAAUGCAAAAAAUUCAUCAGUCACUUCCACGAGCGUCUUGCUCAGUGCUUGUUUUUUAUUUUUCUCUGAGUAUUUUUUUUAUUUUAUAAAAAAAAUGUAUUGUAGUGUAAGAGUAAAAACUUUUAUUACUCCGCGGAAAAAAUUGUUUUUAAAGCUAAAGUGUGAUUAUCACGAUAAAAAUAUUGUUUACGGCUGCAAACAAAAAAAAAUAAAACAUUUCGAAAUUUCGGAAAAUUCAUUAGCCGCUCGGAUUAAAUUUAGUAACUUUUAUAGAUUAGUUAAUGCAUAUAGAAAAUAUGGACACCAGCAAGCGAACAUUAAUCCGAUAGCGUUGACAAGGCCGUUGAGUUCAACGGAAUUAGAUCCCAAGAGAUACGGCCUUGACUUAAAUGAUACUGUGGGUUUCACCGGAAUAUUAAACACUAACAAAGUUGAGGGAACUGUUAGAGAAGCUGUUGAAUUUCUUAAUAAUAUUUAUUGUAAUUUCCUUGGUGCAGAGUUCAAUUACCUCGAGACUCAAGAAGAGCGAGAAUGGUUCGCCGAACAGAUGGAAAGCUCUGAGAACUUAACGCUAGAUGAUAAAACUCGUAAAAAAAUUCUUGAAGAAAUGCUAAAGAGCCAAGCAUUUGAUAAUUUUUUGGGCACCAAAUUUGUAACCUUCAAGCGGUUCAGCGGAGAAGGGUCUGAAUCUAUGAUGGCAUUCUUCCACGAAUUCUUCAGACUGACUGCUCAAAAUGACUUGGAAAAUAUAAUACUAGGGAUGCCUCAUCGCGGAAGGUUCAAUGUCUUGACAGGGAUGCUGAAGUUUCCUCCAGAACAGCUCUUCCGCAAGAUAAGGGGCUUCUCGGAGUUUCCGGAAGAUGCCGUUGCGAGCGGUGAUGUUGCAAGCCAUUUUGUGUCCUCUGUAGAUUUGGAUGUUGACGCUAAGAAGUUUCACAUCACGAUGUUGUACAAUCCUUCGCAUUUGGAGAUAGUUAACCCGGUUUCUAUGGGCAAGACUCGCGCAGUAAUGCAAGAGACUAAGGAAGGAGGAUAUUCCAGUAAUCCAAAUUCGCAGUGGAGUGACAAGACUCUCAAUCUUCAGGUUCACGGAGAUGCAGCAUACGCUGGUCAAGGAGUCAACCAAGAAAGCUUAGCUAUGACCUUAGUUCCUCAUUUCGAAAUUGGUGGGACUAUCCACAUGGUCGUGAACAAUCAAAUCGGAUUCACUACCCCUGUAUAUUGGGGCAGAUCCACUCGGUACUGCACCGAUCUAGCGAAAAUGAUCUCUGCACCAGUGUUACAUGUCAACGGUGAUCAUCCUGAAGACGUUGUCCGUGCGACGCGAAUUGCUUUUAACUAUCAACGUAAGUUCCGCAAAGAUGUCUUCGUUGACAUCAACUGCUUCAGGCGGUGGGGUCACAACGAAUUAGACGAGCCUAUGUUCACCAAUCCAUUGAUUUACAAACUGAUCAGAAGCCGAAGGAUGGUUCCAGAGCAAUAUAGAGAGACACUAGAGACACUUGGUGUUGUGGAAAAUGAAGAAUGUGACAAGAUCAUUGAGAAGCACACUUCUUGGCUGAAUGACGCGUUCAAGCAGACUGAUAACUUCGUGCCUCCAGUAACUUACUUCACUCAUAGAUGGGCUGGAUUCGAACAAGCCAAGUCGACAUUAACUAGCUGGGACACUGGAGUUAAUUCGGAUCUUUUGAAGUUCAUUAUUCGCAAAAGUGUCACUGUAGACGAUGAUGUGGAUGUAAAUGCAGGUCUGCAAAAAAGUCACAUACAAGCGAGGUUAUCAAAACUAGACAACAAUGAACCAUUAGACUGGUCAACAGCUGAGGCAGCAGCAUUUGGAAGCUUGUUGUACCAAGGGUACAAUGUUAGAAUUAGUGGUCAGGAUGUAGGCCGCGGUACGUUCUCGCACCGUCAUGCUAUGAUUCUUGAUCAAACUACAGGAGAAAUCCACAUUCCACUGAAUCAUAUGGCUGAAGGUCAAACUGGUCAGAUAGAACUAGCAAACAGCAUCCUAUCAGAGGAAGCAGUCUUAGGCUACGAGUAUGGCUUGAGCAUAACCUCACCUUCAACAUUAGCCAUAUGGGAAGCUCAAUUCGGUGAUUUCUUCAACGGCGCUCAAAUAGUGAUAGAUACCUACAUAAGCAGUGGUGAGACCAAGUGGAUGACUAGCAGUGGAUUGACGAUGCUGCUGCCUCACGGGUACGAUGGAGCUGGGCCGGAGCACAGUUCUUGCCGCAUAGAAAGGUUCUUGCAGUUGACAGACAGUAAGGAACACCUUCCUGAUGGCGACAACGUUAAUAUGCAGGUUGUUAACCCAACCACCCCGGCACAGUACUUCCACCUUCUUCGAAGACAGAUGAUCAGGAAUUUCAGAAAGCCGCUGGUAGUCGUUGCGCCCAAAGGCUUACUACGACUCAAAUCAGCGACCUCCGCGUUGGAAGAAAUGGGACCUGGGACCCAAUUUAAGAAUGUGAUUGCUGAUAACUUGGUCGAUCCGCCUAAGGUAGAGAGGGUUAUUCUAGUCAGUGGUAAGCAUUACUAUGCCUUGGAGAAGCAAAGAGAAGCAAUAGGUCUUCAGAAUGCAGCCAUUAUUAGAUUAGAAAGUCUCUGUCCUUUUCCAAUCGUCGAGAUCAAUGAAGAACUCAAGAAAUAUCGAAAUGCUAAGUACUUCAUUUGGAGCCAAGAAGAACCGCAAAAUAUGGGAGCUUGGAGCUUUGUUAAGCCAAGAUUUGAAAAUUUAUGUGGAAUUAAGCCUAAGUACUGUGGUCGCGAAGCUUUGGCAACGCCGGCGGUCGGAGUUGGCCAGAUACACCAGCGUGAAGCUACCGAAGUCAUUGUUAAGCCUUUUAUGAUAAGAUAAUAAAUUGUUACUUUUGUAAUACUUUGGAUGUAUUAUUGUACAAAUAAAUUAUUAUUAUUAAUUGAAAA